ACAACAUUGUCACAUUUGCGAGCUUGAAGGUUUUUACGAGUUUGUUGGAAAGAAAAGCUAUUUUAAUAUGGAGGUUGACCCAGGAGGGUUCAAAGAGGAAGCAGUACCACUGAUAAUGGGGACGGAGCUGAGCGGCGGCGAAUCACGUUCAAAAACUGAAAACAUGGGCCCAUUAACGCAGAUGUCAUCGGAGCAGAAAACCAACGAGAAACUGAUGAUGAUUAUAGACGACCAGGCGAAGAAAAUCCGAGAACUCAUGCAGACAAUCAAGGACCAGACGGGUAAAAUUGUCAGCCUGACCGCCCAGUUCUUUCUAUUACAAGAGAAGCACAUUUGUAAGACAAGAUACAACCUACAUAUUUGUUGAAGAUAGGCAACGCGAGGCCCCAAGCCGCUCCAGUUUCGAAUGACUACCUAAUAGCAUCGCUAUCUCAAGGCAAUCACAUCACGAAUACUCAACUGCAGGCUGUGGUGGCGAGACCGAUUUUAAUUUGGGAAGGACUAAACCAAAACUAUCCUUAUGCACAUUUGAGUACAGGCAGUACAAUGUGGUUUCAGUUUAAACUGGUAUGGUAACUGCUCCAUAAACUUGACUAGAUGUAUAAAUAUGUAGUAGUAAUACCUUGUACAUAAAAAAUAAGCUACACAAAUACCGUAAAUACGAAGUCUAUAAAUUAA